AUGUUGGAUGGCGAAGAUGUGGUUGUUGUCUUGUGCUUCUUGGUCUUAGCAGUUGUUGUUGUUGUUGUUGUUGUUGUCGUUGAUGUCUUGUGCUUCUUGGUCUGUGCAACAGCAGUUGUCGUUGUGGUCGUUGUCUUGGGCUUCUUGUUCUGUGUAGCAGUUGUUGUUGUUGUUGUUGUCGUUGAUGGCAAUGAUGCCUUUCUUUUGGUUGCUGACUGA